CAAUAAACAACAUGGCUGUCUGACAAGAAAUUGAUUUUCUUUUGAAGAAGAAUGUCGAGGAGUGUAGCGUGGCGUCGCACAUGCAAUGACUUGGUGUUCUGGCGACAAUGUCAGGCACUGGACUCUACGAUCUACAUCCUCCGUGAGACUGGGCCGACUGGCUUUCUACUGAAAGAGGAGGGAGAGGCCAAGCCCGUCAAAGUGUUUUUAGGGGAUCCUCAUUCCUGUACCUGUUCAAACUUUAUGAAGGAUAGAGAUCUUUGUAAACACAUUUGUUGGCUGAUUCUGAAAAAGUUCAAAGUUCCACAGGAUAAUCCAGUCACAUGGCAACUUGGUCUAGUGGAGAGAGAAAUCAACGAAAUUCUGUUUGGCACCAGACAGCGUAAACCUCAGAGAAGGUGGGCAACAUCUGCUCCACCAGAUAAAACCGGGCAACUGUCCGAUGGGCGGCCCACGAUUCAACAGAGAGAAAUCAAGGAAGAGGACUGUUGUCCAAUUUGCCAGGAUGAGCUGCUACAGAAACAUCAGCCUGUGACAUUCUGCAAAUUUAGUUGCGGUAACAGCAUCCACAUCAAAUGUAUGAAGAUCUGGGCAGACCACCAGAAAUCUUCUGGAGAGAAGACCAUUAAAUGUCCAUUCUGUCGAGAGGACUUUGGCCCUUUUGAACUCCUGAAACAGGAGAGUCGUAAUGCUAUGGGGGUCCCCACGGGAGGUAGAAUGGAUCGUCAUCUUUACACAAGGUGUCAAAGCUGUCACGCUUCACCGAUUGAAGGGAAAUGCUACAGGUGCACAGCGUGUACAGAUUUCCACUUGUGUCAGACGUGUUUCAACACUUCCAUUCACACAAGCCACCCAUUUGAAUACAGACAUAAGAGAAAUCAGAGAUGGCGACCUGCCCAGAGAACGUAUGGAGCAGUUCUACCAGAGGCUGUAGCUAAUGACUUAUUAAACAGAGAAUUCACUGAGGGAGACUAUGAACUACUCACUCAGCUGGACAGUAAUGCCAACCAGCAGCCCAGUGAUAUACCAGAGGACAUAAUCCACAAGUUUCCUCUGGAGAAAGUCCGGGAGAGAGGGCCAUUACUGGCGCCGGGCAUGCAGUGUCGAAUUUGUCUUCGGGGUUACGAGGUCAACCAGUAUGUCAGAAAGUUACCCCGAUGCAAACACAAGUUUCACAAGGAAUGUAUAGACAACUGGCUCCUUCACUCCCACCCCACAUGUCCAGUGGACGGUCAGGUGGUCUGGGAUCCGGUCACUGCUCAGUUAGAGGCGGAGGAACAGGCGGAAAGAAAUCAAAGAGCUUUUGCUGCAUCAAAGAAAACGAAUUCCUCUGGUAUACAAGGGAAUGAUGUGAGUGAACUCAGUAUACCAGGGGUGGGGCUAGUGAGAGUAGACAACACCCCUGUAGAGAGGUCCAGCAGUUUACGGGGGAGGAAGAUGGCACAGCAAGGACGACUACAGGGGAGGCAAGCAGAAGAUACAGCUGUGGAUCCACUGAGGGCUAGCUUUACACUUAAUGGGCUGUCUGUUGGUGCUAAUGGAGGUGAAGGGACAGAAAACGUGUCUACAACUACUACUUUACCAGGAGGUCGUUUGCUGGGCCGCUUACAACAUAGAAAAUCCUCCCUAAAUCAGCGUCUGCAAGAAAUCGGUGGCCAGUCGGAUGAACAAAAACAUACAGAGGAGGCAGAUCAUCAAUCCCAGUCCUCAGAACACUUUGCAGGUCAGAAUCUUCACAGGCAAAAUUCUCGUCGCAGACGAAAUCUCUCAGAUGAACUAUCUCACAAUGAAGACUCACAUGAGAUAGGAUCAGAAGCCGUGAUAGAGUUACCUUUAGGUCAUAAAAAUGACCGCGCUACUACACAUAAUGCUAUCAAAAACACUUUAUCAAUGUUACAAACAGAAAAUUUGGCAAACUCAGUGUCUAAGACACCAGACUCGAGUCGAUCUUCUCGCUCCCCGAGCGUGAGAUCUUUACUUCAUAGUCGACCAUCUGAGCUUCAUUCUCCUAAUAAGGAUUUACCUCCACUUUUCGAAUCGGACGAGACUAAUCCUAAUGCAGACAUUGACAUAAUGUCCACUGUAACUAGCCAAGGGGCAAGUAGUUAUCGCAGUGGAAAACAUCGCUUUUUCCAGCGAGUUCCUAAAGAGAACACUCCAGCUGUUGUAAAUGAUUUUGAUGUCUUGUUAACGUCUCUACGUUCAUCUCCAGAUUCCAGAGCAAGCCUCAUGGGGUCACACACAAGUCUUAGCAGCAUUCGCUCAACACGGCUCGCAAACGGAGUUAUUCUUGCUGAGGCACAGGAUGAGGGGCCAGAGGGCGGAUUGUCUCGGGGUCACUCUGGUGGUCCUAGGACUGGUCUGCCCCCCAGGGCUCCAAGGCUGUCAGAACAUGAGCGACAGUUAAGGAGAGGGUCCAAUAGCCAGGAAGUUAAUCAAGCAGGGGCCCAGAACCAGCAGGAGGACCAGCUAAUGGAGCGAUUACAGCUCUUCACUGACCUUUACCUUGGCAACAGUCCAACUGCCUCUCCAGACUAUCAAGGGAGAGCACCCAGACUUGUACGUCGUCAGAUUAGUAAUCCUGCCGCAGUACGUCAGAGAAAGAGAGAAAAUGAAAUCCGUAGGAGGAGAACAAACGAGUUUGGAUUGGAGGGAACCAGCCCGUACAAUAAUUUAACUCUGCGGGACAUUAUUCAUUAAUGUUAAGUGAUAAAGUAACUGUGAUAUGGACAAUUUACUCUGAAAGUGAAACUGAAACAGAUUGUUUUAUUAAAUCUGAAAAUUGAAAGCUAGUAUUUUCAUAUAUUUAUGGAAUCACUAGAUAUACCUUAAAGAAUUGUUAUUUUUAUCCAAUUGACUGCUAUAUGGAAAGUGCAUUACAAACUGUAUUUAAAAAUUUGUUUUUUAUAUUGUGUGCCACUGGACAUAUUUUGCUUCUAUACCCAUAUUUAUAUAUUCAGACAUGCUUUGCUGUGAUCAUUGCUCAAUUUUCGAGAAAAAAAACCAAAACAUAUUUUUAAAUUAUGAUACGGAGGUUAGGAUGAAAGAAAUUGAAUGUCAGAGUUGUUAUAUUAUCCUGAAUCAGUAUUCAAGAGAAGUUGCGAUAUACUGUAGAUUUUAGUGAUUUUAUGGAAUAAUGUUAUGGAUAAUGGUAUUUUUGAUUUUUAAAAAGUACAUGUAUUAUCUGAAAACUGUGAUAUAUUGUUUACAGUGAUUUUUUUCUUAUACAGAACAAUAUACCUGGAGAUUCCAUCCAACAUAAAUUUGACUUUUAUAUUCAUUUUGUUUUUGCCUUUCUGAGAGAGAGAGUGAGAGAAUACUGUAUGUGUACUUAAAAAAGCGGGCUUCAUAUUUUAACAGCUUUGGCACAGACAAUGAUGCGUUAAUUCAUGAAUACCGCUUAGAAACCAUUUACAGAAAUAUGAUAUAGGCACGGACAUGUGUAUCGCUAAUUCAUGAUUACACCAACAACUCCAUACCCAUUGCGCUAAAUUUUGAAUAUGCGCCAAUUUAUGUACACGUUCAGUAAAUGACAACAAAUUGUUGCAUGUAUACUGAGUUGCAAAUGUAAUUAUUACAUAUAAUAAUUGAUAUGCUGAAAAAGAGUUGAAGAGUUUAAGUUUGGUGUAUAUGGAAAUUUUAAAUAACAAUGCAUGUUAAAUUCACCUCACUGCUUUGUAUUAUAUUCACCAGUAUACUUACGAUUCAGCUGGUAUAGUAAUAAUCAUUAACAAGUACAUUGUAUUUGGUAUAUGCAUCAAAUGGUUUUGCAGUAUUACAAUAAAAAAAUCUUGUAAAACAGUCUAGUCAAUCUUGAAAAAAAAAUUGAGCACAUCUUGCAUUGGAAAAAAAUGUGAUUGAUAAGUGUACAUUUAUUUAAGAUAUUUGUUAAAAAUAGAAAGGGAAAGCAUGGUGUUGGAAUGGUUUAAUUAGCUCAAGAUUAAUAAAGAAAAAAGGCACAGCUCUGUAAAUCUUUCCAAAUUUUGCUAUUAAUAAAUUGGAGGUGAAUUGCUAUUUUUCAUAAUACAUGUAAUGUGAUGUACUUUUAACUGAACAUUUAUUCACAUAGAUAAUAUGAACAUACAAUCAUGAGUGAUUUUAAUUGUAUAUUUUUUUUUAAAAUCAAAGACCAAGGGCUUAUUUUUUGAGACAGUGUUGAUUUUAUUUGAUUAUUAAUGUGUCCUUAUUAUUUUUCUGUUUGGAUGAUUUGGGUUAUGUGUUAUAGUUUUGUUGAAAAAUAAAGAUUUGUUAACCAUCAUCAACCAAUCACACUGAAGAAAAUCAAAAU